GGCGGGGCAGUUGACUGUGGACGGCGGCGAGCGGCGGUCGACGGCGCGGCUCUCCACUCUCGACUGGAACUCUGCAGGCCGAUCGGACUGGGAGUGGGUGCCGUGUGAUUGGUUUGGUGGACGAACGGACGGAGGUGUGUGUUGUGUUCGGGAGUGAGGAGAGGGAGCUGAGACAGUUCCAUCUGUCCACCCCAGAUCAGUUGGAUCGGAGGCUACUCCUGCCGCUCCACCGCCUGUGGACGGGCGACGUCCGAUCGUGAGGACCGCGCUGUUGGAAUGUCCGAGCCGAGUCCACCGCAUCUGUGACACAGGAGAACAAACAGCGAGUGCCGUCCAUCCGACAGGGAGCGACGGAGACUGUUCUGGACAAACAGGCAGCGCGCGCAGUGCAGUCAUGACGUCCACACGGAUAUUACGGCAAGGAGCUGUGCUACUGCUCACACUGGCAGUGACCUCUCACACAGUGCACGGCUGCUCGGAGCCGCUGGGUCUGAUGACGGGCGAGGUCGAGGACUGGCAGGUGGCCGCCAGCAGCACACUCACCUCCGACCCCAAGUGCAACACCAAGUACGCCCGGCUGCACGGGCCCAACGGCAAGGCCUGGUGCGCCGGCUACAAGAGGGAGGCCGAGUGGCUGCUCAUCGACCUGGGCGUCGAGGCCACGAUCUCCAGUGUAAUGAUCCAAGGUCGGGGAGACGGCAAGCAAUGGGUUACCAAGUUUGUGCUUUCCUACAGCGACGACGCAUACACCUGGAAAUUCACCAACGACAUCUACGGAAAGAAAAAGAUAUUUUCGGCCAACACGGACUCGCACUCCCUGCGCCAUCUGUACCUGGAUGAGCCAAUCACCGCUCGGUUCGUUCGGAUCCAUGUGAUGGAGUGGCACGGACACCCCAGCCUGAGGAUCGAGCUCAUCGGAUGCCAGGAGUGUCGUCAGCUGAUCAGCGUGCCUCCGCACGCCAAAGUGACGGCCUCCAGUUCUCCGCGGUGGAGAAGGAAGCGCUCCUGUCAGCCCGAGGACGGGGUCAUCUUCAGCAGCUCAGCCUGGUGCUCCAGGCACAAAAACAGGAACCAAUGGCUGCAGUUUGACUUUGGCCCUCCGAGAAAGGUGACCGGCAUCCUGACCCUGGGCAGGGGAGACGGCAGACGCAAGCGCUUCGUCACGCAGUACAGCCUGUCCUACAGCAACAACAGCGUCGUCUGGCAUUUCUACAAAGACGACAACCACCUCGACCCCAAGGUGUUUGCCGGCAACAUGGACACGGCGACGGAGCGUCGUCACUACCUGAACCAGCCGUUCGUGGCCAGCUACAUCCGGCUGCACCCGGUCGACUGGAGGAAGCAGAUCGCCAUGCGGGCCGGCGUGCUGGGCUGUCCGAACCGCGGCCUCUGCGGGCCCGGAUACAUCCGCGUCAACGAGGGAUCACCCUGCAUGGAGAACCUGGCGUACCAGCGUCCGACUUGGGUGAACGACAAGCGGCAGAGCUGGAAGGACUGGACGUACGGCAACUCCAAGCUGGCCGUGGACGGCGACGAGAGCAACCACCUCAACAAGUGCGCCAUCCUGGACAACUAUUACGUGGACAACCCCGUCUGGAUGGUCGACCUCGGGCGCAGACGGGAAAUGAAUGGCGUCGUGCUGGCUCUCUGGGACGGCAAAGGCGAAGACAACUCCACCCAGUACCGCGACUACGUGCUCAACUUGGACAAGCUGAGCGUCUACGUCAGCAACAAGCAGCACCAGGUGAACGUGGACGCGCGCUCCAGCCACAAGUGCGACUACGUCAGCCGCGAGAACGGCGCCCUGUUCCGGCCGCGCCUGCACGUGGCGUGUCCCAGGGAGCUGCGCGGCCGCUACGUCUACAUCAAGGCGUACGGCGUGCCCAACCGGUGGCGCAAGCUGUUUACGGCGAUCCUCUGUGAGGUGAUGGUGUACUAGUGAGGCGGCGGGGGAGGCGGCCCUGUGGAUCAAAGCGCCGUGCGCUGAGGACUCGGACAGAGCGAGCCGGCGAUGCCCCCGCCGCCACGGAGCCGACCCGCGCCGAGCUGCGGCCGGCGGGCCUGUUUGGUUGUGUAGCUGGAUAGACAUUCGCGUGUGUUGUGUGUCAGUUGAGUUGGCGACAGUGAGAUAGGGUAUCUGUGACGUGUUUGUGGUUUGUGCCGAGCCGGCGGAUGUGCUGUCGCUAGCCGCCGUUCGCGGACCGGCGGGUUAGCGUCGUCGUCAGAUGUAUAGAGCAUUUUAUGACCGUCAGCUGCCGUUUCAGAGUCAUUUUGUGCUCAGCUGUCACGGCCUGAGCGUUAUGGAAGGCCGCUGUAGACGUAGUUAUGGCCAUCUCGAUGUUGUUCUAAGACAAGUUAGGGUGUAUAUGCGGCGAAUACCUCUUCAUUCCGUAUGUAUAGUUAGUCUAAUCAUAGAAUGUCUCCUGUCGAAAUUAUGCAUUGUCUUCUCUUAUUUAGGCAUGUGAAUUACGCUAUUACCAGAGGAGCACUAAGCAUGUCAGUGGUUAAUUCAUUUGUAUCAUGUUGUGGCAAAAAUGCAAUGCGUAGGUAGCGUUUUUUCCUCAUUUCGUAGGUAGAGUGUAUCUAAGAUAAAUAUGAAGAUGCUUUCAUGGCGUCUGAAGUUGAAGCUCCCGCAGACAUGAUUUAUGUUUCAGCAGAUUUCAGGUAUCUGCUAGAUACCCGAACCGACGCAACGAUAAUCCGUUUCGCGUGGUAUGUUUGCAGCUUUUGUAAACGAUUGCCUAACAUGACGUUUGGUGAAUAACUACAAUGGUUAUAUCUAUUUGCGAGUAUUUAUUAGAAGUGAUGGCCAUUUUUCCUUCCAUGCUUGUGGUUCGAACAAAUAAACGGUCGUCAUUGUAAGCUGUCCGCAA